AUGGCUGCCAACGACCACAUCCUCACCUUGUCCUGCCCGGACAGACCUGGCAUCGUUCACGCCGUCACUGGUGUCUUUGCCUCGCAUGGGCACAACGUCCUGGACCUGCAGCAGUUCAGCGACCCCGUAUCGGAGCGCUUCUUCAUGCGCGUGCAUUUUGGCCCUGCUCCUGCUGCUGAGGGCAUCGCCGACCCGACGUCGACGGCGCACCUCGAUCCGGCCUUUGCCACGCUGGCCGCCGACUACAAAAUGGAGUACGACAUCCGCCCGGCAGCGCGCAAGAUGCGGGUGCUGCUGAUGGUGUCCAAGAUUGGCCACUGCCUCAACGACCUUCUCUUCCGCAUGAAGACUGGCCAGCUACAAAUCGAGAUCCCAUUGAUUGUGUCCAACCACCCUGAGUUCGCCGCGCUCGCGCAGAGCUACAACAUCCCGUUCCUACACCUGCCCGUGACCAAGGACACCAAAACCGAGCAGGAGACGCGCAUCCUGGAACUCGUGCGGGAGCAUCAAAUUGAGCUCAUCGUGCUCGCGCGCUACAUGCAGGUUCUGUCGCCAAUGCUGUGCACGGCCAUGAGCGGGCGCAUCAUCAACAUCCACCACUCAUUCCUGCCGUCAUUCAAGGGCGCCAAGCCGUACCAUCAGGCCUAUGAGCGCGGCGUCAAGAUUAUCGGUGCCACGGCGCACUUUGUCACGGCCGACCUCGACGAGGGCCCCAUUAUCGAGCAGCGCGUCACCCGCGUCGACCACUGCAUGGGGCCUAAGCAGCUGACCGAGGAAGGGUCCAACAUUGAGAGCCAGGUGCUGGCGGCAGCCGUCAAGUGGUACGCGGACAGGAGGGUGUUUUUGAAUGGCUCCAAGACGGUCGUGUUUAAUUAG